AUGACCAAGGAGAGCGACGGGCACGUAGGAAAGGCGGUGGAGGAGGGCGGGUACGAUGUGGUGGGGGGCGCCUUUGAGCUGGGAGACGUGUCUUUCCACUCGGGCUGGUGCUUCCACAGGGCCGACGAGAACACGAGCGGCGAGUGGCGCAACAUCAUGACCAUGAUUUACAUGGAUAAGCAGAUGAGGAUGGUGGAGCCGCGCAACGAGAACCAGCGCCUGGACCGGGAGCGCUACCUGGAGGGGGUGUCGCCCGGGGAGAAACGUCGCGGCACGCGCGUGCGCGAGCCCGACGCCGCUGGCGCGGCCGCCGUGGCGGGCGCCUCAGGCACCUUGCGCACGGAGCUCACCCGCGCGCUGCUGCUGCGAGAUGUGGCGGGCCUGCGGGCGCUGCAGGCGCGCUGCAGGCCCGCAGACCUCUGGUUCACAGAGCCGAUGUCGGUCUACCAUGCCGCCGCGCUUUCCGAUUGCCAUGAGGCCAUCCCGCUGCUGCUGGCGGUGGGGGCGCCCAUCUCCUGCUCCCACGCGGCGCACCCCAGCCCAGACUACGCCGCCGCAUUCAGCAGCGUCGUGGAGCGGCCCAGGCAGGGGUGCAUUGCGGCGCUGGCCAACAACGCCCUGGCGGCCGCCGCCAUCCUGGGCCACGUCGGCAGCACGGCGGCGCUGCUGGCGGCGGGCGCGGGCGUGGACGUGGGCACGCACUGGUACACGCCGCUGGAGAGCGCCGCCGUCAACGUGGGCGAGUGGGCGCCGCGGGACGCAGAGGCCAUGAUGAGGCUGCUGCUGGAAGGCGGCGCCGACCCCACGCGCCUGCGCCUGGAAGAGGCCCUGGAGCCGUGCUGCGCUGCAGAGGGCGGCGCGCCGGGGCGCCUGCUGCUGGCCGCGCUGCGGCGGCGCUCCGAGGCGGGGCUGCUGGGCUGGCCGCUGGAGACUGUGGAGGCGAGCGAGGCGCUGUUCAACGGCAUCGGGCUGGCAGACGCGGCCGACAGCCUGCCCCACUUUGCUGAGCUGGCAGAAGAGACGCGCUUCAUGAUGUGCAACCUGGACGUCGCCGCCCUGGCCUAUGCGUUGCUGGAGGCGGCGGCCGAGAAGGGCAGCAGCCGCGUGCUGCAGCUGGCGGUGCACGGCGACGCGGGGCCGGGCGGCGCCGCCUGGCUGGAGCCGCCGCCGCCGCCCGGCAGCGAGGCCGCGCGGCAGUUUCUGGCGGGACCGUACCGCAGCCUGGGGCCGGACCUGCUGCCGAUCGCGGCCGAGAACGGCAGGGGCGAAGCGGUGGGACUGCUGCUGCGGGACGGGCAGCCGGUGCCGGCGGCGGUGUUGUGCGGCGCGGUGCGUGGCGGCAGCCUCGACGUGUUGGAGGCGCUUCUGGAGGCGGGGCACCCCGAGGUGCCCACCUCUGCUGGCGCUCUGACGUGGCACGGCACGGUGGAGCUGCCUGGAGCGCGCUACACCUGCCCCAUCCUCACAGCCCUGCAGGCCCGCAUCGAGCUGGAGCGCAAGGAUAGGGAACGGCAGCAGCAGCCGGAAGAGGAGGGCUGGGUGCUGCGGUACAACUCAGCCAGGGGCGGCUGGACAUCCAAGCCGCCUCCCGGCCAGAAGAAGCGGCAGGAGGAGGAGGCUGGGGAGCGGGGCGCUACCGCCUGGGAUGCCAAGCUGCUGCCGCUGGUGGAGCGACUCGUGGCGGCGGGCUAUCGCCCCAGCGUGUAUGAGAGCGUCUCUGUGCGCACCAGGGGCAGCGCCGCUCGCAUGCUAGAGGGGUUUGACCCUGCCGAGGUGGACACGAGCUUGGAGGUGGAGGGGCGGGGCACCACACAGCCCCAGCCAUGGCAGUCCGCCAAGUGGCGCUGGCCCUCGCCCUCCUGGCUCUUAUCACUCUGGGUGUCGUGCCACCACGCCGACGACACACGCACCCCGCUGGCUGGCUUCUGUUGUGGCGAGGCGGCGCGCGUGCCCGGGCUGCCGUCGUGGGCCAAGGACCCCAAGGCCGCGCGGUGGCGCGCGUACCGCUACAAGCAGCUGGACAAGACGCGCGCCAAGAUCGCGGCCAUCAACCGCAGCGGUCAGCGCCAGGACUUCCUCCUCUACGGCUGCUCCGUCGUCACGCUGCUCGACCGCCAGCGGUCGUCCCCCGGCGCCUGGGACGACCACUUCGGGCGCGGCUGGCGCGCCACCGCCAUGGGCAUCUCCGGCAGCGACGUGGCGGACGUGGUGUGGCGGCUGCUGGCCGGCGGCGAGCGCCCCGCCAAGGACCCAAAGGUCAUCGGCUUUCUGAUGGCCGGCCACGACGACCUGGACGGCCACAAGGAGAUGGACUUUCUGCUGGGUUGGGUGCGCGCGGCCAUGCCCGGCACCAAGGCCCUGCUCAUGGGCAUCCUGCCCUUCCGCGGAGUGGACCUGCGGCAGGUCAACAAGAAGUAUGCGCAGGUGGCCAAGCGCAACGGCGCCACGUUCCUCGACUGCGGCCGCUUCUACGACCCGACAGACAAGCGCGUCAGCUACGACUACGGGCACCCCACGGUGGCGGGGCAGAAGAUCAUCCUGGACUGCAUGCUGCCGGUGGUCAAGAAGCUGGCCCGCAAGUGA